CCGUAAGUAACUCCCACAAUUCCAAUCAUUCAACUAACCCUCAUAUAUAUAUAUAUGAAUUCAUAAACACCAACACAUCAUCACACAUUAAACCAAUUCCAAAUUUAAACAAAAGUUACAAUACAAAGAUGAGUGCAGCUGCAACAAAAGCUUGGGUAGUAGCAUCAAGCAUAGGAGCAGUGGAAGCCUUAAAAGACCAACUUGGUGUAUGCAGGUGGAACUAUGCUUUUAGAUCACUUCAUCAACAUGCUAAGAACAAUAUCAGAUCAUACACUCAGGCUAAGAAAUUGUCAUCUUCUGCUUCUUCUGCUGUUUCCAACAAGGUGAAAAGAACCAAAGAAGAAUCUAUGAAGAAAGUCUUGGAGUUGAAUUGUUGGGGUCCUAGCACUGCAAGGUUUUGAUAUUGUAUUGUAAUGCUAUAAUAUUCCAUUAUGAUGCAAGUUGUAAGUUAGUUAUUACUUCUUAUUCAUCUCAUCUUAUGUAUCUAAUUCAUCCAAAAUUUUGUUUAUGAAAUGGUUAUGUGACCAAGAAAAAUGAAAAUUGAGAUCUUGUUUGUUUGCACUUUA